AUGAAGGAGUCGCGUGGCGCUCCCACACUCAUGAAUUGCGGAAGCACGGGAAGUUUGACAGGGGGGCUGUCAACGGAUCGCUGGGCGAUGGCGACGCGGAAGAUGAUGGGCGAGGGCAGAAUGUGUGCAUCCCAGUACAGACGGGUGCGGGUCGGGGCCGGACAAUCGGUGGCAGGCACCACGUUUCUUCCGUAA